AUGGUUAGCAAAGGCUUUCUUGUGAUGCAGAUGAAGUCUGGCAGGCAGCAGCUCUCAGAGAGAAUAGAAGCACCUCUGAUGAUCCACAAGCUGGCAACCCGAGAUCUAAUCAGAGAUUACAAAGAUGGCAUUCUUCAUGAAAAUGAAACCAGUCAUGAGAUGAAGAAACAAACCUUGAAAUCUCUGAUUAUUAAACUCAGUAAAGAAAACUCUCUCAUAAUACAAUUUACAAGCUUCAUGGCAGUUGAGAAAAGGGAUGAGAAUGAGUCGCCUUUUCCUGAUAUUCGAAAAGUUUCUGAACUUAUUGCCAAAGAAGAUGUAGACUUCCUGCCCUACAUGAGCUGGCAGGGGGAGCCCCAAGGAGCCGUCAGGAACCAGGUAAACGCUGAUUACCAAAUAAGUUGAUAUUGAGCUUUGUUUUUUCAUGAAGAUGAAGGGAACCCUUUGCUAAAAUAGCUCCCUUCUUACCUGUACAUGAAGAAGUUGUAUCCCUGAUGAUGGAAAAUAUUCAUGCAUUUAUAAAAUGUUGAAUUACAUCAUGUUGCAUUGCAGAGACUUCACAAUGUGUGAAUGGAGCUGUAGAGUACAAAAAGAGAACAGCUGUGGCUGUGCUUCUGUCAUGGGCAAAUAGAUUGUCAUCCAGGAAGCUAAAGUCAUUUAGGUAGUGUAAUAGGUUUGUCAUGAAAUUAUCAACAGAAGUGCUAUCUAAUAAUCUAAAUUCACCACCAGUAUUUCUUAAAGUUUAUAGUGCUUUAUACCGUGGCCCUUAUAACCAGAAACAUAAUAGAAAUGGAAAAAUGUGGCUUAAAUAAAAAUUGGAAGAAAAAUUCAAAAGCAAAGGAACAACA